GCAGCCACCCGAGCCCGUCUUCAUCGAGAAGGAUACCUUGGUCAUGCUGGACGCCCGAAGCCCGGCAAACUUUGAUGUGAUGACGAAGGAGCUCAGCAAGGUCCUCACGGCGCCGGCCAUCUCCAGCAAGAUGCCGGCCAGGAAGUACACGGUCAUCCGAAGGUUCUUCUCGAACGAGCCCUUCGAGAUGGACGGCUAUGCACACCGGCGAACGAGAAGAGCCUUGACCCCCUUAGCGCCAGAUCCGCUGGAGAACAUGCUGUUCUUGGCCGAGAAGGGCUUUCAGUUACCUCAUCGCCCGAGCACAUGCCAGGAGAUCGCGCCUGACAAUUUCAGCCGAGGGUGGCGGGGCGUCACCAUGAAGACGGCAUUGGAGCAGGACCUGGCAAGGCUGUCGGUUGCGGCGUACCACCAG